GCGUUCCUGGGAGCUGGGGGCCGAGGAGGUCAGACCCGAAGCCCCGGGAGUAGCCGGCCCGCGGCCACGUGACCGACAGCGAUGGGGCGGGCUGCCCAGAAAUAGCAGCGGCGACGGUUCCGCCAGCGAGUGCUGCGAGGGAAAGGCGGAGACUGGAGGACUGUGACUCGGCGCGGGCGCGGCGCGGUCCCGGCCCCGGAGGAUGCUGAGCCCCUACCCGGACCAACCCCGAGCACAUGAUGGCGAUACGGGAGCUCAAAGUGUGUCUUCUGGGGGACACUGGGGUUGGGAAAUCAAGCAUUGUGUGUCGAUUUGUCCAGGAUCACUUUGACCACAACAUCAGCCCGACCAUUGGGGCAUCUUUUAUGACCAAAACUGUGCCUUGUGGAAGUGAACUUCAUAAGUUCCUCAUCUGGGAUACGGCUGGCCAGGAACGGUUUCAUUCACUGGCUCCCAUGUACUAUCGUGGAUCCGCUGCAGCUGUCAUAGUGUACGAUAUUACCAAACAGGACUCAUUCCAUACCUUGAAGAAAUGGGUGAAAGAGCUGAAAGAACAUGGUCCAGAAAACAUUGUAAUGGCUAUUGCUGGGAACAAAUGUGAUCUCUCAGAUAUUAGGGAGGUUCCCUUGAAGGAUGCGAAGGAAUAUGCUGAAUCCAUAGGUGCCAUCGUGGUUGAAACAAGUGCAAAAAAUGCUAUUAAUAUUGAAGAGCUCUUUCAAGGAAUCAGUCGCCAGAUCCCACCCUUGGACCCCCAUGAAAAUGAAAACAAUGGAGCAAUCAAACUUGGGAAGCAAACCAUGCAAGCCAGCCGGCGUUGCUGCUGACCAGGGCCACAGUCCACUGUACUUGAAGAAGCCAGAGCCACCUCCCCAUGCACUGCUAAAGGACCCCCCCUCCCCCAUUCUCGGUGACCUGGCACCUCAAUUAGAGAGAAGUGAGCACUCUGGCUUGGCAUCCUGGAAGACCUGCAAGGAACAGGACAGGAAAUGUCCUUGGAAAAGGAUUUGAGAAAACUCUGGGAAAAUCCACCACAUUGCCUUUCAUGCAUAAAAUGCACACAGUAGGGAAUGGAUGUUAGGUAAUAAGUGUAGUUGAGUUUUUGUUAAAAACUUUAAAAUAUUCUCAAUCUGUACAAAAAUCUUACUGGCUUAUCAUGUGUGAGAUUCUAAAGUGAUGUCCCAUUCUGAUUUCCUGUGUUCCCUAGCCAAAUUCCAGUAACUUCUUUAGUGCCAUUGCUUUUGUUACCUAACCAGCCUUCACUGAAAGGUUAAUUUUAUUUUAUUUUAUUUACCUUUCAAUAGAGUAUAAUUGGACCAUCACUCAAGAUGUAGACUCGAGUUGUUAUAGAAAAGGAAAAAGAUGUAUUAGAAACUGUGGUCUACAUCUCUGACUUUUACUUGAACAUUUUUCUAAGUUUUGGUCAUAUAUAAACAAACAAGCCAAAUCUGACUAAAAACAUUGCAUGUAAUUUUGGGAUUGGGAAGCCUAGGUUGGAAGAGUCAUUUAACUAGUUACUGUAUAAGUAUGACAGAUGUAGGAUAUAAAUAUUAUUCCAGAGACCACUUGGCAGGUACCACUUCCACAACAAUAAAUCCCUACUCUCUUAGAGAGGGUUAAUGCACAGAGUAUUAUUUUACUAAGAGAAUGUGUGAUAGUGUCAUGUCUAGGGGUAGAAAUUAACUGGAGGACAUUUGAGUCUAUAUCACAGGGCAAACUUCUAAUAAUAGCAAUUAAUAACAGGUUACAGAAAGCCAGCCAAGGGAAGUACAGGCACCUUAAGAUUCUACACCAGCGGUUCUCAACCUGUGGGUCGCGACCCCUUUGGGGGUCGAAUGACCCUUUCACAGGGGUCGCCGGGUA